AAUACUACGGCAGACGAUAUUUUCACGUGCUGCUGUAAACAAACCUGAUAAAUAAACAGUGGCUCUUCGGAUAACACGAAAAUAAAAGAGAAAAGACGUGUUUCUCUUAAAAAUUUAUUUAAUAAAAGGUCUUUGAAGAAAAGUAUAAAUAAUUUUAUUCAUUUAUUUUUUGACUCUUUACAAGAAAAUGUAUUUCAUGGAAUACUGAGAAAUAUUUUUAUUAUCGUUUUCGGAUAUUUCUGUGGAUUAAAUUCUUGACAGAAACUUGUGUUCCGAUUCAAGUGUUGUGUGUUUUCUGAUUCGUGUUCAUGUGGUCACAGGCAAUUUUGUGUGUUGUUCUGCUGUCGGAAUGUUUUUGGGGUGUUCUAGCGAAUGAUGGAGUAUGCUUUACGUCCGGCGGCGUGGCCGGUAUCGUCAUAGCAACGAUUGUGGCCACUUUAGUGGCCGGUGGACUAGCGGCUGCUUUUGUUUGGUAUUUAUGGUUGCAAAGAAAAGCCGGAGGUUUCAGAAAUGAUAAAUAUGAAGAAAAGAGCAUUACAUGCCCACCGAUGUCACCAGAUAAACAGGCGAUUGGGAAUGAUUAUGCUUUUGACAACCCCUACUUUAAGGAUGACGAAGUGGACCACAUGAAAUCUGAAGAUCCGGAAAAAGGUGAGACAGGAUUCCAUCUGGAUAAUGGGGACGUCACGCCAGCACAGAACCCCAAGGCGGCCAACGGCACCGGUGGGCAACAGAAAAAGAAUCGUCCCUUUUCCAGUCUUCCAUUCCACGCCGUUUUCCAUCCAUCGGGAAAGAAGCAGAGAGCCAUAGAUGACACCUAUAUCUCCAAGCACCAUGAGCGCAUAACAGUUCCGCUCCGAGGACACGACUUCACGGGUCUCGGGUUCAACAUCUGCGGCAAUAUGAGGGAUGGGAUCUUUGUUAAGGAUGUCCUGCACAGAGGGCCCGCUUCAGAAUCCGGAAAGAUAAAAGCAGGUGAUCGCAUCGUCAGUGUGACUGUAUCUUUCGGUGCCAUGGUAUAUGAGGAUGCCCUGACUAUCCUGUCUUAUGCUUCACCCUACGAUGUUAAGCUGGAGAUUGAAAAGAGUCCCUCGCAACCCCUACCUCCCUCUCCGAAAAAAGUGGGUACAUCCACGAGCUUCAGAAACAGUGGACAGGGCAGACUGUUCCAUCCUUUGUAUAGGAGCCAAUCUAUCAUGGACCUUUCACAAAUCGGUAAAGAUAAAACCCUGAGUGAACAUUCACCAGCUAACAACGUCAAGCAACAGAAAGAGGCCACCCCGAAGAGGUCCCAAAGCGUUGAGGCCAGCAAUGGAGGUCCCAAAUCCCGAUCCCUUUACACGCUUAAACCCAACGAAGAUUCUAAAUCUCAGUCCAGCAGCAACAAGGGUAGUCGCAAAUCCAGCACUUCCAGCUGCGAUUCCAACGGAAAAGUCACUACCACAACAGCUCCCGUGCCCGAUAAGGUUCAACAAGUGAAAGAAGAGCCUCCUUGCACCAAAAAAGAGGUGAAAAGUUCUCGCUUCCGCGUGGAGCAGAUCGGCGUGAAAGCAGAGGCUCCCUCCAAGCAAAUACCUCCUGUGAAACCGGCCAGAGAAACCGCGGAAACUAAACAGAUCGGAGAAAAUCAGGAUUCGGAUACCUCCACAGAAAAACCUUUGGAACCUCAACCUCCUAAGGAAGAAAUUGAACAUCCAAUUACUACGGAAGAAGAACCCCAAGGGGCCGAAAAACCGACGGCCCCGCCCCGGAAAGCGGGCACCCCCGCCAAGAGGAAGGCUCCAGCACCCCCACCGGCCCUCCUUGCUACUAAAACGGAAACUGCUGCCGUGGUACACAGGGUCGACGAACGACCACAGGAUACCACUGUGACUGAAGCUGAGACUAAGCCAGAGCCUGUUUCCUCCGAACCACCUCCUCCGCCCACCAGUCAAGUACCAGAACCGAAUCCACCGGAUCUCGUGUCCUCUGACGCUUCUUCGUUAGCCUCUCGUCCGGAUGAUGAGGCGGAACCUUCAAGUCCCGGCAGAAGGAAAGCUUCUUCCCUCGGAGACCUGACUCACUUGGAUCAGGCAUCCAAUAAAAAGACCUCGACAUCAUCAGCCAUCCUCGAAAGGGCUGUCUCCAUGGAUUUGCAGCAAAGUAUUCCAGGAGAAAAUUUGAUUAAGCAGAAAAAGAUCUUGAGAGCCCCCACUUUCGAAGACGAUUACGAUGAAAACAGGGAAGGGGAUCAGAACGAUGCGGAAGGAGGAAGACUUAAGAGGUGGGAUGAUGGACUGGAUAAAGUUCUUGGUGGUCUGACCAAUGGCCAUGGAGAUCACCAUCACAGCGAUCCAAACGUAGAAGAAAGUACUUCGUCUAAGAAGGAACAAGAGGAUUCUAAAGUGCAAUCAUCAGAAGAGCGUAAGGAGCCCUCACCUCCGGAGGUUCCGACCAAGAAACUCCUGACUGUAGAUAUCGAUUUUCUGGAUUCGUCUUCUAGCGAAACAUCACAGCUCGAUAUGGAAGAAUCGGACAAACAACUUACUUCCACUCCUGCGAAGAAGAUCAUAGAAGUCAAAAAUUUACUUAAAGAUGAUGACAUCUCUUUGGAUGAAGUGCCCUUUCUCGCCUCUGUAGAAAACAUAGAAACCCAGGAGGAAUCGUCUUCUUCCACCACUACCACCAAGCAUUCUAUUCGGACCAACAGUGCACCUCUCUUCGCACCUGUCACCAUCAGCAUUCCAAUCAUCAAACCUGACUUGAAGCACUUCGAAAAUUUGCCAAGUCCUCCAACGGCCAGCACCCAUCCAUCCUUGAGUGCUUCCAAUAAGAUUUCGUCCCUUGACGACCCAGGUAAAUCUCCAAUCGAAAGAAUAUCCGUUCAAUCUCUAUAUAAGCCGAUCUUUACCAACAAGGAUAACGAUGACUCAGUCACUGAGAAGAUGGUUAAUGGGGUCGAUUCUGAUUCUUCAGAACACUACAGCACCGCUCAUGAGGCGGAAUCUUCGGCAGACAACUCAACUCUUUCUGUAACUCUGACCUCGCCAAUAGUAGCCAACAAUGUGACGGUGAAGACGCCUAAUAGCGCCGCUGGUUUCGCCAAGACUCUCAUUGUCCCUGGUCCUAACGAGGUUGAAAGUUUACUCAGUUUGGCGGCGGAGCCCAACACGCCGCCACCUUCACUCGAUCCACCGCCAAAACCUAUCGAAAAUGAAUGAGCCGACUUAACACCAUGUUGUGAAUAAAAAAUUUUAUACAUAUUUUCAGGGAUAAAUAAAUGCUGUAAAUUCCGUAGCUUCUGCGAUUGAAUGGAAAGAGAAAAGAAAAAAAAAUUAUUACGAUGACUAGUCGAUUAUUGUUGAUUUGAAUAAUUAUUUAUCCAAUCACCAUUUGGUAGAAAAUAAAGUUAAAAAAAAAGAGUAGUCGAUGGAAUAAUUCAGGAGGUUUCCCUUCACAUCUGUAUAGUUUGAUCAAUCCGUCCUCACGAAAAAUGACUGAUAAACCAAACGAAAGUUUCCAGUGCUUGUUAUUAAUAUUAGUAUAAUCUAUCCUGAGCCAUGUUAGCAUAUGAGUGACAUUAAAAAUGACAAUAUUUGGCAUCUGAGUGACUUUAGAAAUGGCGAUAUUUGGCAUCUGAACGAUAUUAGACUGGUGAUAUUUCGAAAAAGACGUUUCUUCCUUUUCUGGAAAAUACCUGUUUCCAAGAAACGCCAUGCUUAUUGCUGUAGGACGUUAUGAACUGUCAGACUGGAUUUUUAUGGCUGGAAUUUAAAAAAGACAUUUCAAUGGAUAAAUUCUCUAUGUACAUUAGUUUUUUAAAUGAUUAACACAGUCAAAUUUCAGCAUAAAAUCAUCAAUGACACUAUCGUCUAAAAUGGAACGCUCGCUUCUUUGAAGGAUUAAUAAAUAAUCAAUACAAAAUCGUACUGCAGAAUUGUAUUUAAAUAAUUGGGAGAAACUCUUGUUUUAGUGUAAUAUUUAAGCCAAUAAAUUUGUUAAAAUUUCUAUAAAAUGAUUCCAUAGACUUUUCCUGAGAAAAAAAAGAUAAUAUAAUUUCGUUACCUCACAAAAUUUUUUUUAAAGAAAUAGAACAUAAAUUAAUGCUAAAAUACUGAAUAUUAAAUUAUUCUUCUUCGAAUUUUAUGGUUCUGUUUCAUGUUAAACUAUAUAAAUACCUUUUCUGAAUAAUUUUUGAAGAACUCGGGAGACGUUGUAAAUUUUACAGACUCCAUCCACAUUUUAAAAUGACCAGUUGCAGACAAAUAAUAAUAAUGUCUUUGGGUCGAGAUGAUUUUGUGAAGAGAUUUGACUGUACAAAUAUUUUAACAUUGUUGCAUUGAUAAAGAAAAAAUCAUAUAUCCUUGUUAGAUAAUACUGAAAGAAUAACAUGUACGAAGAGUGAGAUCUUACUGCAUAUUUUAUUACUAGCUCAAACGAUGUUUUUGAUUAAAUUCUCUUGUGUAUAA